UGGGAACAGAACAAGUACUGUUUCGUAUUACAACAGAAAAGAACAAUCCUGCGACGACUUUAGUUAAAAUGCUCAGUUGAAUUUAUGGAGUCUGUGUGUCUGAAAAAUGAAAAUCUUUUUAGUGGUCAUAGUUCUCCUGAAUAAAUUUUUAAUUGGAGAAAUUUGUGAAGCCCUGAAUGUCACUGUAUCCCCAGGACCAGUGGCCAUGUUUAUGGAGGGUGAAAAUGUCACUCUUUCCUGUCAUGUAUCCCAGCAAAAAAAAAACAACAGUCUUUUGGUUGUACGCUGGAUGUUUUCUCUUGUACCAGAUGAAGAACAUUUACUUGUCAAAAUGAACAUGAGAAAGGUAAAAAUAUAUGGGAAUUAUACAAAAGGUUUUAAUCAGCAAAAGUUGCAGUUUUCUGAAGGGAAAACAAGUAAAAUCUAUAAUUUAGUCAUUUUUAACUUUUCAAAAGAAGACAAAGGGAAUUAUACGUGCAAAGUCCAGGAAAUCAGAAAGCAACAAAAUAAGUGGAGAGCGACAUCUAAUGGCACAGCGACUGCAGAAUUAAGAGUACACAUAUCACCGGUUUUGAAGACCAGUGGUGGAAUCUGGAGUUUUUUUGAAGAUCUUUUCCUUUGUGCAGUGCUGAUAUGCUCUGUUGGCAUUAUUUGCAUGUUGCUGUUCACCAUUAUAAUUAUCUGCCAAUGUCUUUUUAAGAAAAGAAGAUUAAAAGCAAGUUAUUAUUUGGUAAAAUGUCCGCAAAACAGUUCGGGAGAAACAGUAACAAGUGUUAUCAGCUCAUCGCCUCUACAAACAAGGAAAGAAAAGAAACACAAAAAGAAAAAAUCUAACAAAAAUGCUGAUGUUCCACCAGAAAUACCAGCAAAAGCACCUAUUCCUGACACACCAAGAAGGCCCAAACUUUUAAAAACACAGUCAAGAAAACUAAUUCUGCCCAAGAUUGCAGAAGAGAGCUUAACAUAUGCUGAACUUGAACUUGUUAAACCCCAGCCAGAAAACAAAUCAGCCUGUACAGGGACUGUGUAUGCACAAAUACUGUUUGAGGAGAAACAGCUGUAAAUACACAUAUACUAUAGCUGUAUAGAAUACUGUAUCAUAGGUUAUAUGGACACGAUUGUGAAGCAAGUGCAAAGUUUGCAUAUAAAAGCUAGCAAGAAGCAACUUGGUUUCAGGAGGCAAUAUUUUUUCUUAAUUGUUUUACUGUAUCGCUUUCAGGAAGAAAAAAAAAAAAAAACAUGGGGGCAAACUUUUCACUUGGUUCACAAUAGGGUCAGAUAUGUUUUAUUUAUAAAAAUAUGAGUCAAUAUUUUUCAUAUUUUUUUAUGUUUUCUUAUAUCGUUAUAAUAGCCCUGUUAAAUGAUCCAGACUGUUUGAACUGUAAAAAAUAAGAUGUUUGGUGUUUUGCGUUUUUAAAGUACUGGUAUUUAAAGGCAGUAAGUUCAAUCUACAUUCCAGUCGGUAUACAAACAAUGAGUUUUUGCAUGUAUACAUUAUAAGGAAUUCAAUGUUAACUUUCUAAACUAAAGAAUGUAUUGUUUUAAUUGCAUGAAUUUUAACAGUGGGCUUUAAAAGCUUUAUAAAAGGUAUCAAACUACUUCCAAACCCCUUAAUGGAAGUCUGCACUGUUUAUUUCUGGCUUGGUUACUUUAUUGGGUGUGUUUCUGAAGAAAAGAUUUGAAGAAAAGAUCUUUGGGAGAUCUUUGCGACUUCACAGUUGUAGACAAAAAAUGAUCACAUAGUGGAGAAGAUAAGCUCAACUACUGUGUGCAAUUUCCUUCCACUUAAUGCUGUAUGCAUUAUAGAUCACAGAACAUCUGUUUUAAAAAUAAAUAAAACCAGCACAGACGUGGAUGGUUUCACAGACCCUACUUAACAUUUAGUACCUUAGGAAGAGAAGGUAGUUCAAGACUAGUGCUAAUCAGGGUUUAUAACAUGAAUCCACUGAUUGCACCUUCAUAGUUUAACAUAAGUGAAAAUACACAGUAAAUUAAGGCAGAGAACACUAUUACAUUUUCAUUCUGAAUCCCCAGUCAACAAUAGGUCUUUGGAUUGCUGCUGAGUUUUAAAAUGAUGAAGCAACAUUGAAAAGGAGUUUAAGCACAAUCCUCUGCCUGCCCCCAGCAGGCUAGAGUCAAGGCAAAGUGCCAGUUCUGUACAUCAGCCCACUAAUGGUUACAUUUAUUAAAAAUGAUAACAACUGUAAUGCUGCUUAAUAAUUAGUUUUACAGUGUAUUAUAAUUGGGUUAGACUACAAGAUGGUUCUGCCUAGGUGCUAUAAUUUAUUUGAUUUAAUUAUUUGAGAGAGCCUAACAGUUUGACAUUUAAUAUUAUAAAAUUAUUGGUGUAUUAAAAUUUAAACUGUUAUUGUCUUUCAGAAGGUCAUUUUCUUCUGCAGUGAGAUGUAUGAUGAUUAUUUUCCAGUCUAUUAAGCCCUUCUAAUUAGCACAAUUAGUACAGUGUGAAAGGUUAAACACAGCGCACUCCCUCUCAUCGUGGUAACAAUGCCGUAUUCUUUUUCUCUUUAUUAUUUAGGGAAUAUUUUGUUCUAAAAUAAGUUUGCUUAGAUAAUACGUUUUUGUUCAGGUUCUGCUAACUUUGUGACCAAAAGCCAUUUCUGCUUGUACGUUUCAGUAUACAGUAUCUAAUAUGCAAUUUCUUUGUAGAAACAGCGGAAGGUUUGCAUUGGAAACAAAUACAAUAAAAAAAAAAAAAUUAAUACACACAACCUUGUGGCUGUGAAGCAGUCUUAUGUUUUAAAACAUGUUAGACUUUUAGACUUUCUUUUUUCAUAAAAGUGCUUAUCAGAUGUCAUCCAGUUUUAUCUUGUAAGAAACUGCCUAAAGAAAUAUGUUAGUGAACAGUAAAGCAAAGAGAAGUUAUUCCUAACUGCCAUGACUAUGUACUGUGGCAGUAUCCUUAACUUUGACUACCCUUCAUUUCUAAGAUGAUUCACGCAUCUUAAUGAUGGUCAUUAGAAAAGGCAGUUCUAUGGCCUUCUAUUAGCCUUCUCCCCCAGGAAAUAAGUGGUGCAUGCACAAUGGGAGUUUGUUACCCAGUAAAAAUAGAUUACUGUUCUAUAGUGACAGUUUGAAACCCAUCCUUGAAAAAUAG